GAUUUCCAUCCCAUGUGGACAACUCGAUUUUCGGAAAGCGCCGCAAGUUCUGUUGCACCAACUAACCAGAAAAGGGAAGACUUUUGGGAGUAAGACGCUGGUUUUGGAGCGUGACUGUUGCGUUUGUGAGGUGGACAAUCUGCUGGAGCCUGGAGCAGCUGGUGCAGGUAGAGGACAGUCUUCUAGACCACCUGGAUCCUCCACGUCAUCCGGCAAUAGUUGUGUCUACUUCAUCUGCGUAGCUACGGCAUCUGCUUUGGUUGUGGUUCCCGGAGAAUGGGUGUACCGAUUGGAGAUUGAUGGGACGAUAAUGGUACCAGAGUGGAUUCGGAAUUCUGGUAUUAGCGACGCGACUUCUACGGGUUCGGAAAGGUCUGCUGCAUACUCAGACUACAACAGCCUUCGAAGAUCUUCGAGAUUUUCGAAUAGAGUGAGUGACGCAUUUGCGGAUUCAGAAUUCAGCGGUGGCACGAGCAGCAUCGUCGUGAGUAGUGAUUAUAGCAGACGACCAACUACUGCCACACUUGCUACAAGAGG